GAAAACUAUUUUUUGUCAAAGUGAUAAUUCCUAUUACAAUUUUUACAUAAGCUCAAACGAAAAAAAUGAAACGAAACAAUUCAACUACAAUGAUUGCAGCAAAUAGAUUUGAACAACAUCAUCAAUUCAAUCAUCAUGAACAAAUGAAAUUAUUUCAAUGUUCGGGUAAUGAUGUUCAUCAUCCUCCGCAUCAUCACAAUCAUCGUCGUUCACAUGGACAUCAUCAAUCGAUCGGUAUGAUUGAUUCUACAGUUGCAGCAACAAUGGCUCCACAAUUAACAUCACCAUCGCCAUCACCAGCACCACCUUCUUCAACAUCAACAACAAAUUCGACCAACAAACGAAACAAAUCAUCAUCAAACAAUUCGAUCAAAAACAAAGAAAGCCAUAAUGAAGGAGAUAAUACAACUGCAUCAUUACGACGAUAUCGAACGGCAUUCACCCGUGAACAAUUAACUUUACUUGAAAAGGAAUUCGUUCGUGAAAAUUAUGUAUCCAGACAUCGACGAUGUGAAUUGGCUGCAGCAUUAGAUUUACCCGAAAGUACAAUCAAGGUCUGGUUUCAAAAUCGUCGAAUGAAAGACAAACGCCAUCGAAUGGCAUUAACAUGGCCAUACGCCAAUCCUCAUCUUGCUGUUUAUAUGUUCGCUGCUGCAGCAACAGCCGCAUCAUAUGGUCAACCAGCAGCUAUGUAUUGGAAUCGUGCAGCUGCUGCUGCGGCAGCUGCCGCUGCUGCACCGCAAUCAACACCACAAUCACCAUACAAUAGCCAUCAUGAUGAACAUCAACCGCCAAAUUCAGCCAAUCAUCAUCAUGAACAAACAUCGGAUGUUGAUCAAACAAAUGGCAAAGUGCAAAACGCAUCUCAACCAGGAUAUCAUCCAUUGAUGAUUGGUGCACCAGCUUCUGGUGAAACAUUAUCACCAUUUAUGAUGAUGACUAAUGGAAUGGGCGCUACUUGUCCAAUGAUUGGAAACUCAUCGGCAACAGUGGUAACGACUACCAAAUCACCUACAAAUACAAUGGUCGCUAAUAUGGAUCAAAUAACUCGCCAUAAUGGUGUAUGCUGUGCAUCACCAUCAUUACCAAUGGCAUGUUUAGAUGUAUGCAGUUCCUCCAUACAUUCACCAACAACAACAACAUCAUCAUCAUCAUCUUUAUCAUCAUCACCAUCGACAAUGGCUAUUGCUCAUUCACCACCAAUGACAAAAUUCAAACAAGAACAAAUGAUGCAUAACAAUGGAAUUAUGAUGAUGCCAACAACAUUAGAAAUGAAUCGAAAAUCGAAAUUAUUUCAACCAUACAAAAAUGAUCUAGACAAAUAAUUUCAUCUAUUAAUUCUGAGCAAAAAAAAAAGAGGAUGCCAUCUAGUCCAAUCAUUGGCUCCAUUAACACUUAUUUAUAUAGAUACGUAGC